AUGAUUACCCGGUUAAAUACACCACCAAGUUGCAUUAUCACCUUCAUUUGCAUGUCCACCUCGAUCACCGAUCACCCAAAGCUAAAGAUGUGGUCGCCGCCUCCACUGCUCUCCCUACUGGUCAUUCCGAUGGCAUGUGUCUUUGGCCAGUUUCCGGAUGUUGACAUAGUCAGGACUUGCACGAGGUACAAGAAGAGCGUUUUCGAGGAGACCAUAUACUUUGGAUACCUGUUUCCAGGCGCCGAGGUUGAGAGCCAGAUAUUCGACAAUUGCAGGAGUUACACCCCCUUGAUAGUGGGCGGUCAGCCCGCCCAGCCGCGGGAAUUCCCGCACAUGGCGCGCUUGGGGCGUCGUCAAGAUCAGGGUAGCCGGGUUGACUGGUUCUGUGGAGGCGCUCUGAUCAGCGAGCGGUUCGUCUUAACCGCUGCCCACUGUUUGGAAUCGGAUCGCGGAGAAGUUAAUAUUGUGCGAUUGGGCGAACUGGAUUUCGAUUCAACCGAAGAGGACGCUUCUCCCAAAGAUUAUGGUGUUGCUGGUUACCUAGCCCAUCCGGGCUACGAAGAUCCCGCGCUUUACAAUGAUAUUGGAUUAUUAAAACUGAAGGAGGAUGUGACAUUUGAUCUUUAUAAGCAUCCUGCCUGCCUGCCGUUUCAGGAUGAACGUUUUUCCGACUCCUUUAUAGCUGUGGGAUGGGGAAGCACUGGGGUGGCGGACAAGCCAUCGUCUAAGCUGCUAAAAGUGAAGCUGGACCGCUACGGAGAUCAGGUGUGCAAAAGACUGCUAACGCGCCAACGGGAGGAAUUCCCGCAAGGAUUCGAUGCCAACAACCAGCUCUGUGUGGGUUCCGAGAUGGCCAGGGACACUUGCUACGGCGAUUCGGGAGGUCCUUUGUUGAUGUAUCAUCAGGAAUAUCCUUGCAUGUAUCAUGUGGUGGCAAUUACUUCGGCUGGACUGUUCUGCGGGUCACCAGGUGUUCCUGGAAUAUAUACCCGUGUCUAUCCAUAUCUAAACUGGAUAACCCAUGUAAUGGCAAAAUUGUAAAAAGUAAACAAAUGUUUUUUGUUUUAAAUUGUUAAAAAAAAGUCUCAAUUAACGUAA